AUGGCUGUGGAUGGGGGCAAAACAUUGGAAGAUGGUCCUUUCUUUACCGACUCCCUUGACACGUCGAACUGGUUGUCGAUCGACCUGGGGCUCCCAUUCGCCAUCCACGCCAUCACACUUUACGCCCGGAAGGACUGCUGUCCGGAGCAGCUGAUGUUCGCUGAGGUCCGCGUGGGCAACAAUUCAGUCGUAACCUUGUUCGACGAUCUGAAUGCGAACCCCCUGGUGUGGAAACGGCAAAACAGUUCGGCAGCAGUUAAAAACAGCGCGAUUGGAGCCAUCUUCACCAUCGCGCUUAAACCUCCUGUUUUUGGUCGCUGGGUCACACUACAGAAUAAGGCCCCCAAGAAUUGGCCAUCAUCAUCCACAACCCCGCCAGCAUUGGGCGUUCUGGAGGUGGAGGUGUGGGCUGAGCUCUUAAUGACGACGCCUGGCGGCGGCGGCGGCGGCGGCUUAUCUAUCGGCAAAAAGGUCUCAAUUAUCGUUCCUGCUACCAUUGUGCUUUUGUUAUUUAUUGGAGGCGUCGUCACCGCGGUAAUGGUAACGUGGCGCAGGUACAAAAUGCUGCAGACUGGACAAGCCUACAUCGUUCAUAGAGACAAUAUGGAGAUCUGGGUUCCCGCUAGCCCACCACAACCAUCCGCGCCGGCUGUGGUGGCGGCUCCAUCCAAUACCCAGCAGCCCCUGGUCACUCCGAUGGUUGGUUUGCCUGUAUAUGGUACCCCUCCUCCUGUAUACUACACUUCACCACCACUGCCACCGCCGCCUAUGGCUUUUGCCAACGAAGGACCUGCUGCCGCCGGCCAGAGUGUCGUGGCAGGCACCAUUACAUGGAUCCUAUGUAUGCAUGAUGAACGGAUGGCAGGCUCACAGAUAGCGGCCUCAACAGGCUGCAUACGUUUUAAUUCUGCCUUGAGUUGUGUCUCUGUUUUGGCGUGUAUGGGUGUUGUUUAUUUGGACCUGCUGAAUUUGAGCAGUUGGGUUUACGUACAUGCGUACAUAGCAUGCAUAAGCCCACGACUUGAUGCAAACUGUGACAUUGUGGGAGGGAGUACUCUGUCCAAAGAUGACGUGGUUACUGGGCAGGAACGCAAUAAUGCCGCAACGCGACUGCAGUCGACUGUCACCCCGCGAUCAGAGUUACGCCCCGGCCCAGCCUCCGAUGCUCCAGUAGCGGGGUCACGCAUACGCCAAACACAACUCCUGGUCUGGCUAACCACCAAAAAUCACACAGUGCUGGCGCAUUCCAGCCAAAGCAUCUACUACAGUUCGUUCUCUUAG